AUGAAGAAAAUACAACUAUGCCUACUAGUAAUAUCAUUAUGGUCCAAAGUCGUUUUAGCUGAUGAUGAUGAUGAUGACACAAUAAAUACAUCAACAAUAAUUAAUAAUCCUGGAGUUCAAUCAGGUACAACCAUAGACACCACAAGUUCAGCUACUGCUAUUGCUGUAGCACCGACUACUCAGACUAGAGAUACACGGAGAGACACUACUCAAGUAACAACAACCGAUGAUCUUGUUCAAGUCACUUUACAAAGACAAACAACAACAUCGCAACAAACUCAAACUGUGACAUCAAGUACGAGACUGGAUCUAUUUUUAACAAGCCAAGCUGCAUCUAAAACAACAGAAAAUGAUGAAGAUAAAUCUUUAUUCAAAUUAUUAUUUACAGUACCAACAGAUGAUAUUUUUUAUAAUGCAAAUUUCAAAUUUGGAAAUGAUCAAGAAAUUGGUUUACGAUUAGAUUUGAUUCAACCCGAGAUUUGGGUAAUGAAUAAUGAAAAUUUCUUGGAUUGUAAUAGUGUUGAUAAUUGGAUAAAUUCACAACUUUCGUCAAUGGACUAUACUUAUACCACCGGGGAAUUACCUUCACAAAUAACUGAUGCACCUGAAUAUACUUCAAAUUGUGGAUAUUUUGGUUUGUACUCUUCACUUGAAAGUAAUAUGCCUCCAGCUACUAAUGCGAUUGCUGCGGUUAAUAAUCAAAGUUAUAGAAUUCCUUAUAUGAAUGCUGCUAGUGCUGAGGGUGAAUUUGUUACUGAUGAUAUAGAAUUUAAUUUAACUAAUGGGGAUUAUUUUGUUUUACCAAAUGUGACCUUUUUAGAUGCUAAUGAUUCUAAUGUAUUACUUGGCGGUAUUGGAUUAGCAGGAACUCCAAAAGGAAGUGGGUUUUUAUAUGCUUUAACAAAUCUUGAUAUCAUUGAUUCUCCUGGUUAUUCAUUAUGGUUUAACAAUGAUACCGAUCAAGAAAAUGCCAUUGCUCAAUUAAUACCUGGUGCUGUUAAUACAAAGUAUUUUGUUGGUGAUUUAUAUCAAUUUGAUAUGAUUGCCCAUCGUGGUUUUCGAUUCAAUGCAUCUCAACAAACAUCAAAUCAAGAUUUAAUUGAAUUAACUUUACCAGUUAUUGAAAUUGAGGAACUCUUGGUGGCUAAUUUAAAUUCUGGUCAAAGUGUAUCUGUUAAAUCUGAUAGUGGCGGAUUACCAGUUUUAAUUGAUUCAAGAUCGUCAUAUUUUUAUUUACCUUUGGAUAUAAUUGUUAAUAUUGCCAUACAAACAAACGCAUAUUAUUCUGGUCAAUUGGCUAGAUGGUUGGUUAAAUGUCAACCAUUACUUGAUGUGAAAGCAACUAUACAAUUCCAAAUUGGUAAUCUUACUGUCAAUGUCCCAAUAAGUGAAUUAAUCACUGAUGCAGUAUAUGAAGGAUCAUCUUUAAAUUUUGAAAGUGGUGAUAAAGCCUGUUUAUUAAAAGUUCUUCCAAGUUCAGUAUCUGGAUAUAAUAGUCUUGGAUUACCAUUUUUGAAAUAUAUUUAUUUAGUUGUUGAUAACGAAGGUGGUACUAUUGGAUUAGCUAAUCUGAAUAAAUUUUUACAAGUUGAUAAAGAAGAUUUAGAAGAUUAUAAUUCAAUUUUAUACAAUCAAACAAUGAGUUCAACACAGAGUGGUACAAGACGUAAUUCAACAAGAACUAAUAGAUCAAUUGGAUAUAUUUCCUCAGGAUCAAUUCCAUUUGCGACUACCUAUACACCUGAAUCAAAUAGUGAUUAUGGAGAUGUAACAUUAAGUUAUUCACAAGCUAGUAGAGUUAGUGGAGAAAGUGUAAUAUUACAUAUUCCUGCUAGAUUUAGUGGUGCUAUUGUUAGUGGUGGUUCUAUUUAUAUUACUGGUGAUGGAAGUGGAAAUGCAAAUUCAAUAACCACAAGUGCUAUGAAUGCCACUGCUGCUGGUACUUCAAGUAAUGGACAAAUUGGUAAAUAUCAAGAUUCUGUAAUUAUUGAUAUUGGUGGACUUCAAUUACAUAAUAAAUUAAUAUCAACUAUAAUGACUUUAGGUUUGCUAUUAGUUGUAUUCCUAUAA